AUUGUUGUUAUCAUUGUUAUUAUUAUUAUUGCUAUGCACGCGACACCGUACUCGGAUGUUUCCAUCGUUGUGUCGCAGUUCCUGUUGAAGCUGACGGGUGUAUGGAUGACGGUGAACGACGGUGAGAAACGUAGGAGGAGGAUCGCUAUGGCGUAUACUUUCGUCAUACAGGUUUACGGCUUGUAUCUGAAUAUUGGCGACAUUUAUCACAGUUGGGACGAUUUAAGCCAUUGUAUAUUCCUGACUUGUAAUACACUGUGCAUCGUGUUGACGAUGUUCAAGUUUUCGAUAUUGUUCAUCCGUAGAACGGAAUUCAAGAAUUUAAUCUUGUUCGCCCGCAAGAAUUUCUGGCACCUCGACUACGAUCGUCACGAGACGAUCCUUUUCACCAAGUGCAGGAAAUUUUGCACGCUGUGGACCUUGACCGUGUUCUCGUUCACGCAAGCCUCUUUGACGUUCUACAUAAUCACGCCAAUAUGCGCGAAUAUCGGGAAAAACAAAUCGGAGAGGAUACUUCCGUUCAAAAUGUGGGUCGAUUUCCCGUUGAGCGAGACGCCAUAUUACGAAAUAAUGUUCGUCAUCCAGUUACUUACGGUGCAACAAAUCGGUAUAGCUUACACGUGCAACGACAACUUCUUGUGCGUGUUGAACAUGCACGUGGUCUGCCAGUUUCGUAUACUGCAGCACAGAUUAACGAAACUGUGGUCGAUAAUUGACGAGCGGGCGGAUAAGUUCAAUUACGCGAGCAAGUGUUACGAGGCGUUGAAAGAGUGCAUACGGCAGCAUCAAUCGUUGAUCGAAUUCUGCGACAAGCUCGAACACGUCUACACUUUACCGAUCUUUGGCCACGUGGUGGUGUUCAGCUUGUUGAUGUGCUUCGACACGUACGAGAUAUUUCUGUUUCAUCCAUAUAAUUUUCUUCACGUAUAUUUGCGGCGGAUUGAUAGAAGAGAGUUCGAAUAUCGGGCUGGCAACGUAUUCGGGAUGGUGGACGGUGCUGCCAAUGGACGAGGCCGGACGAAUGCUGCGGGAGGACGUGAAGGUGAUGAUAAUGAAGUCCAUGCGGCCCUGCCAUCUAUCCGCCGGUGGUUUCUUUCCCGUAUCCUUGGAGACAUCCACCGCGCUUAUGAGCUCUACAUUGUCGUAUUUCACCCUCAUGAGGGAAUCAUCCAAGGAUAAAUAAAUAACUCACCGUACACGUAAUACGUACAUUGAUUACAUUGAAUAAUAAUAAUAAUAUUAAUCUUUAUAAAUAAAUGUUAAUAUUUGCAUAAAAAUUGAUUACAUGGAAUAGAAAUAAUGCUCAACUUAAACAAAAUUCUUUAUAUCCAAUGAUAUUAAAUAAAAUAGUAAUAGAAAAACGCAAAAGAAAUAAUUAAAGGAGAAUCAUUUCUUACCAAAA